AUGCCAGGAGAGACGGAAUCUGUCGAUGCAGUUCCCCAGUUCGGCUUCAAAAAGCGCUCCAAGCCCAAGGGCAACUUCCGCAAGAAACCCGCCACACCACCACCUGCCUCCGACUCGGGGAGCGACUUCUCUUCCGAUGAAGAUAAUGACGGACGGCGCAUUAAGCGCCGACGCCCCAAUGUAGCUGUCACAGCCUCGUCCGCCGCGAAUACCACAAGAAAAGCCCCAGCCGUCCCAGAAUCCAGCGGUCCGCUUCCCUUGACCUCCAGUAACGAUGCGACGAAACAAUCCAACUGGUACGAUGAGGAAGACUUGAGCGCAAAGAACCUGCUAGGAUCAACGCGGAACAAGCCGCAGGGUUCUACAUCAGGUCCGGAUGGCACGUACAAGGGUGCCGCCAACUACACAUCUUUCAUUCAAAAAAACCCAGAUGCGCCGAAAAAGUUUGGACCAGUCAAGGCUUCUACCAACGUGCGGACGGUGACUACAAUGGACUUUGCGCCCGAUGUGUGUAAGGACUGGAAGCAGACGGGAUUUUGUGGCUUCGGUGACAGCUGCAAGUUUUUACAUUCGCGUGAAGUAUACGCUCAGGGCUGGCAACUGGAUAAGGAAUGGGAGGAUGUGACAAAGGGCAAGAAACCGGGCGGGAAGAUGGUAGCGCAAAGAGGCGGUCUGAAAAAGACGGAGGACGAAGAAGACGAGGAUGAGGAUGCUCUGGAUAAUAUACCAUUUGCUUGCCUCAUCUGUCGAAAGCCCUACCAAACCCCUAUUGUUACGAAAUGCGGACACUACUUUUGCGAGUCCUGUGCUCUGAAACGGUACCGGAAGGAUCCAAGUUACAAAAAGCGAGAGCGUGCCCGGAAGAAGCGAGAGAAGGCGAUCGAGGAAGGGGAAGAAGUGAGUGAGGAGGAAGAAGCUGAGUAG